AUGAACGGGUUCAAUUUCCCUCCGCCGCCCGACGAGCCCGUCCCCGUCGUCCCCCGCGACAUCAAGGCCAAGCGCAUCGUCCCGUCGCCCCGCAAAGCGCCCACCGUCCGGAGCGGCAAGGGCUCCAUCUUCGGCAAGGCCUCGAUCCCGUCUGUGUACUGGGCCGGCGACGACCCGACGCCGGGAGGCAACGAGGAGUACACCUUUUACCGCGAGGGCACCCCGCCGCCGAGCGAGAAGGGCGGCGGCCGCCAGCGCGGGCUGAGCCUAUACGACCAGGAGAGGCGGGCCGCGCGCGGGCAGGAUAGGAGGAACCGCAAGUGCUGCGGGCUGAGGAUGUGGGUUUUCUGGCUGCUUGUUUGCCUGAUCAUCCUCGUGGUGCUCGGCGUAGGUGUUGGAGUCGGUGUUGGCGUGGGGUUGGGUGCGUCGAAGGCGAAUCAGUCGGAUGAGAGCGCGGCGCGGACAAGCCCAACAGCAUCAUCUCCCUCCGCGGCGUCAAGCGUAUCAACGACGCCCGCCACUUCAACCAAGACGUCUUCUACUUCAUCGUCAUCACCAACCGCAACCUCCGGCCCCAACGCCUUGUGCCCCGAUGCCGCCAACACGUUCUACAGCCCCGUCGGCUCGGACAAGCGGUUCCUGCGCGUCUGCGGCGUCGACUACUCGGGCGACAACGAGGCCAUCGACAUGUCCAACAUGCUGGCCAGCAGCAUGGGCGAGUGCAUGGACAUCUGCUCCAAGACGGCGCAGUGCACCGGCGCCGGCUGGGGGAAUGUGACGACGGGCGAGGGAACGAUGGAGCUGAGGUGUUGGUUGAAGCGGAAUUUGCAGAGUUCGCAUAGCGCGAAGGAGGGGUGGAAUUUUGCCAUCUUGCAGUGA